AUGUCUCAAGCGCACCAGGAGGACUUUCCAUUGCCAAACAUGCCGGAUGGAUCCUCAUCGCCAAUGCCACCCAAGCCAUGUACUUACCCAAUGAGGGAAAAUCGGCCAAGGAGCCCCCGCGUCUCACGGCCACUAACCCCUACUGGUAGUCGCACUCCGACAGCACCGGCACCACCAGGCGCUCCACCAGGAAUGCCUGGCCAGGCUCCCAUGGGCCUGCCUCCAGCAAUGCCGCCGACAGAAACGAUGCCUGGAGCACGGACACCACCAAGAACAGGAGCUCGCACUCCCGUCAACGGUUUCAACAGCGAAGUCCACCGAAGCAGUGUGGCGAUACAACCGGGCACGCCAUGCCGCGUCUUGACACCACGGGGGGGCACCACUCCAGUGACAGGAGCUGGCCCAGGCACUGCCCCUCUCCCGGCGCCCUGCCCUGCGACGGCGACAACCCCAGCUAGGUACGCCAAUGGCACAACCCCUCGUGGAGGUGCCACUCCUCGCGGAAACCUCACUCCGCGUGGCGGAAACCUCACCCCUCGUGGAAGGCCUGGAAGUGCCACGCCACGCAGACCAGGAGGGGUGACGCCACCCAUUCAGCCAGGAUUGCAACCGGGUGUGGGUCGCUUCUAUGACUAUGCUCAGCCUGAGGAUGAUGGCAUCAUUGUCAAUGGAAGUUGGGCAAUGCCGCAAAACCCUGGGCAGGUUCCCACGCAAUACCCCAACCCUGAGAGCUUCUUUGUGCCGGAGCCUCCCGUGCCCCUAGGCCCAACUGCACUCCCAUGGCUGCCAUCACGGCGGCCAGAAAGUGCAGACUUCAAGAUGCUGGAGAAGGAGGAUUUUCUUUCCAAGCUCAACGAAGUCUGCGAUGCCUUCCAGCCAGAUGAGGUACCAAUCACGGGACUCUCGCCAAUGAGCGAGUCGCCGGCUUCACCUCAGAACACAUUCAAACUCGCGGUGGCACAGAGCUCUCUGAGCACUUUGCUAGAGGAGGCUAUGUGGAGUGGACCCAUCCGACAUAUGGCAAUCUGUGUGAUGGCUCGGAGGGUGAUCAUGCUUGCAGACUCAAUCCGUAACAACCCAGAGACUCCCGGCGGAAAGGAGUUAAUGGUUGCUCUUCUGACGUCUGUCAAGCAGAUGUGUGCAGCCAACACCAACGAUGUGGCAGUCAGCAAGGGUGAGAGGUUCAGCGGCCGAGUAAUCCUGCUACUUGGGUCGGCCAGCUGUAUGCCUGAGCAGAUCCUCAAGGAGUGCGGUGAACGAUACCGGCAGAUCGACCAGCACUGCAUCAUUCUCGCAUUAUCGAUGGGUGCUGAGCCUGCCGGCUCAGCACAGCUCGGCAAGGCUAUGGCCCUUGCCGUAAAUGCCUGGGGUGAGGCCGAGGACAAGUAUGGCCCUCCUGGCACAGCAGGUGGUGCUGGACGACCAGAGUUGUUGGUCCACCUGUUCGGAAGUGCAGGCUUCCAUGCCUGGGCGAAAACACUACGCAUUUGGUAUGAGCAGUCCUUCUAUCCAGACCAGAGACGGCUGACGGGGAGAGUCCCAACAAUGGACAGGGUCCUCAAGGGUGUGAUUCUGGACUCUGCUCCAGGCGAUUCUGGCAACAAGAUGCUCGGUGCUUUUCCUCUCGUUCAGGGAGAUGCUGCCUUGCUCUCCGCCAUGAAUGGGUACGGCGCAGAUGGGUCGGAGCUUUCCGAGGUCGCAAAGCUACAGGCCUCGCAAAGUUCGAUGAGAGAAUUAACAAAGAAAGGUGCUCCACUCUGGGAGUAUUAUGAGGAUCUUAUGCGGCAGGAGCAAGGUCUCCAGAUGAUGGUUCAUCAGCACGAGCCAGGGGUGCCGCUUUGUUUCAUCUACUCAAGCUCGGACAGGAUAGCACCGGCUGUUCAGAUCGAGCGCUACGUGGAGGAGUGCAGGAUGCGGCUCGACCAGCUUGAGAGCCAGGCCCCCGAACCUCGGCAGCUUUGCUUUGAGCAUUCUGGUCACGUUGCGCAUCGGAGAGGGCCGACAGAAGAUGAGUAUUGGAAGACGGUCCACGACUUCUGGAGACAGGCGCUGUAUUGCUGA